CCGUGCGUGGCCAUGUCCUACCCGCAGGGCUACUUGUACCAGCCGUCCGCCUCGCUGGCGCUCUACUCGUGCCCGGCGUACAGCACCAGCGUCCUCUCGGGCCCCCGCACGGAUGAGCUCGGCCGCUCGUCGUCGGGCUCCGCGUUCUCGCCCUACGCCGGCUCCACCGCCUUCACGGCGCCCUCGCCGGGCUACAGCUCGCACCUCCAGUACGGCGCCGACCCCGCGGCGGCCGCGGCGGCCGCCUUCUCCUCGUACGUGGGCUCUCCCUACGACCAUACUCCAGGCAUGGCCGGCUCCUUGGGGUACCACCCUUACGCGGCGCCCCUGGGCUCUUACCCUUAUGGGGACCCCGCGUACCGCAAGAACGCCACGCGGGACGCCACGGCCACGCUCAAGGCCUGGCUCAACGAGCACCGCAAGAACCCCUACCCCACCAAGGGCGAGAAGAUCAUGCUGGCCAUCAUCACCAAGAUGACCCUCACCCAGGUGUCCACCUGGUUCGCCAACGCGCGCCGGCGCCUCAAGAAGGAGAACAAGAUGACGUGGACCCCGAGGAACCGCAGCGAGGACGAGGAGGAGGAGGAGAACAUUGACCUGGAGAAAAACGACGAGGACGAGGCGCAGAAGCCCGAGGACAAGGUGGACCCCGAGGGGCCCGAAGCAGCCGCGGAGCAGAAGGCCGCCCCGGGCUGCGAGCGCCUGCAGGGGCCGCCCACCCCCGCCGGCAAGGAGGCCGAGGGCAGCCUCAGCGACUCGGAUUUUAAGGAGCCGCCGUCCGAGGGCCGCCCCGACGCCCUGCCGGCUCCCCCGCGCGCCGCCGGGCUCUCCCCGGCCGGGCCGGCGGCCGCGCGGCUGGCGGAGGACCCGGCCCCGCACUACGCGUCGGCCGCCGGCCCCGGGCCGCACCCGGCCGCGGGGGAGCUGCCCCCCGGCCCCGGAGCGCCCUCGGUCAUCCACUCGCCGCCCGCGCCGGCGGCCGCGCUCGCCAAGCCCAAACUGUGGUCCCUGGCGGAGAUCGCCACCUCCUCGGACAAGGUCAAGGACGGGGGCGGCGGGAGCGAGGGCUCGCCGUGCCCGCCCUGCCCCGGCCCGGUGGCCGGGCAGGCCCUGGGAGGCAGCCGCACCUCGCCGGCCCCGGCGCCCGCCCGCUCGCCCUCGGCGCAGUGCGCCUUCCCGGGCGGCACGGUGCUGUCCCGGCCGCUCUACUACACGGCGCCCUUCUACCCAGGCUACACGAACUAUGGCUCCUUCGGACACCUCCACGGCCACCCCGCGCCCGGGCCGGGCCCCACGGCCGGGCCGGGCUCGCAUUUCAAUGGAUUAAACCAGACCGUGUUGAACCGAGCGGACCCUUUGGCUAAAGACCCGAAAAUGCUGCGGAGCCAGUCCCAGCUAGACCCGAGCAAAGACUCACCCUAUGACUUGAAGAAAGGUAUGUCCGACAUUUAACGCGGGCUGCGUGGGUCCUGGACUCCCUAAUUUAUUUAAACACAUGGCCUUGGCAGUUAUUUUUCCAUCGAGAAAGAGAGAGAGAGAGAAAAAAAAACUACCCCUCCUAUUAAAAAGUUUAUAGCUCGUGGAGAUGGAUGACAUAAAAAUGUAAACAUCUCCCACACACACACACACACACACACACACACACAGACACAGACAUGUCUUAACCAACUGAAAAGAAAAAUUUAAAAAAAAAAAGGAUUUGUAUGAAAUCUUAUUCUGUAUAUUUAAUGUAGCAUUUUUGUAUUUAAAUUGAUAAUUCAAUAUCUUUGAAGUAAAUUAUGAAAAGAAGACACCUGUACAGGCAUUUAAUGUUUCUUUUUUGUAAUAUAAAUAUAUACAUUUGUGUCCCCCACCCCCCCAAAAAAAGUGUUUCAUAGUUUAAAAAUACAAGUUUAAUUUAAUUUUUUACACCUCUUGAUUUUUUUUUUUUCUGGGUAUGAGCUAAAGUCUUAUUACAGAAAGGAAACAGGUUAUACUCUUAGAUUUAAAAAAAAAAUAAACGAAACUGCAGCCGCCUUUGUAAAAUGCAAAAUAUUUAAUUAAAAGAGAUUUUAACAUAAUCAGAGCCACUCAUGACUUUUUUAGCAGCCUCAAUAAACUGUCCAUCGCCUGAGACAGAAGGUGCAAACUGCAACUGCUUUCCGAAGUGGGGAAUGAAAGGUCGUUGAGAACCUCUGUGUGCCAGGGGGGAACCAUAAUUAGGCUGCCAGCCCCCCGGGGAACCUGGCUGUGCCCAGAAUGCAGAUUGGAACCCUCAGUGCCCGCUGCCUGGGCAGGAUGGGACCCUGCAGGAAAGAAGAGCGAGACCCAAAUGGGUGCAAAUGGGUGCCCAGGGGUAGGAAGGGUGGCCGAGCCAGCUCCAGACGCCAACCACCCUAGCGCCAUCGCUUAACCUAAUUACUUCCAAUCAGUGUCGUGUUUUAUGCAAAGCAAUCAGCUGGUGAACUUUGCUAAUGAGUUCGAUUUUAUGCCGGAUUUAGCCCUUAUUACUAUUUCAAAGGUGCUGUGGGCUAAUGCAGGGCGGGCAGCUUUGGGGAUGCCAAGGAGAAGGC